AUGGACGCUUUGGGAACCGAUGCGGAUGACAACUCAGACAACUGGAUUUUGGAGCCACAAUCACUUAUUAUUCGCGCAACCAACGGCAAGUCCAAGAAGCACCGCAAGGAAAAGAUUCGGUUAACGACAACAGUAGCACCAGAUGCACUGACAGGCUUCUACGCGCGCUACGCGGAGACGUGCAAGGCUGGGAUGACGCUUUUAAGACCGCGCGAUAAAAGCAAGAAAAAGGCCAAGGCGAAGAAGAAGAAGUCCACCACAACGACACCGGGCCCAUGA